AUGAGAAUAGUCAACUGCGCAGGAGAUAUUAUAGUGCUCAAGUGUACGCGCAGACACAAGUGCACUCUCUAUUCCUGUCACUCUCAUACUCUGGUAGGACGACCACUCGACACGACCAGUGAGAGUGUCGGCGCAGGACCGACGGCUUUACGUGCUCUCCGAGGCUCGGGGGUGAAACACCGCCAACUUCCCAACUCCGGGCUGUUACUGAGACUUACUAUACAGAAAGACUCAAUAACUAAACUUGGCCCGACCCGGGACUCGAACCCAGGACCUCCGAGUAUGCAGCCGUACAUGCUAGCCACCUCCGACACUACACCACCGAGGCAGUACGACAUGUAUAUAAUACAUGUAUGGAGUGCCACCCCUAUUUAUUGGUUUUCU